GUGGAGGAGACACUGGGUGGCGGCUAGAGCUGGGGAAGGAAACGCUCAUCCGAACCGAAGUUGGUCACAAGGUCUCGCCGCCUCUGCGCUGACUGGAUCGAGAUAACAGUCUGGACCCCGGUCACGACGCACGCAGCCCCUUCCACUCCAUUCCACGUCAAAACCUCCUCCCGGACUCGAGUCAGAGAAACCCCAGCACACAGAUCCCCUCCCUCACCCGGAACAUCCAAUCCGAUCAUCCCCGUCUCCCCACGGGACCAAAUCGCCGCCGCCGCACCCCCUCUGGUCCGGCGCUGCCUCCGACGCGGCCGCGCGCGCUCCGCUCCGAUGGGGCAUAGCGCGAGGAAGAAGAAGAAGAAGGGCGGCGCCGGGCGCAAGGCGGCCAAGGACCACGCCGCGCAGCUCGAGGGCGACCAGACCGCGCUCACGGACGAGCUCACGGCGCUGGCUGCAAUUUUUCUCGAGGACUUCAAAAUAACUUCACAAUCACCUCACACCCGAUUUAGCAUAUGUAUCAGGCCUUACUCUGAUGGCAUGGGCUUUGGAGAUUUAAAUGUUUCGGCUAUUCUUGACGUAAUUUGCUUUGCUGGUUACCCCCACAAGUGCCCAAAGUUGCGAAUCAUACCUGAGAAAAACUUGUGUAAAGAAGAUGCUGAUCGGCUACUUUCCCUUCUUUCUGACCAGGCAAACAUUUAUUCCCGAGAAGGGCGUGUUAUGAUUUUUGAUUUGGUAGAGGCUGCUCAAGAAUUCCUGUCAGCAAUUGCUCCAGCUACUGAUUCAACGACUACUGCUCCUCACUUAGGUUCAAAUACAAUACAGGAAGCAACUGACGCAGAUGUGAAAGCUAGCCUUGAUGGCGGUCCUUACCCUGGAAUCUUUUACAUCUAUAACUCAUUCGAUUUGUAUAAUCAGCUAUAUGAUGAUAAUAGUUGGCAAAGGCAAGGUUUCGAUCCUACAACUGAUAAUGCCAAGAAAAAUAUUGGAUCUCAAGUCAAUUCAAAUGUUAGAAGCAAGAGGAAAACAGUCAAUGAGAAAUCCCGUUUUUCAGCUGAUAAGGUCAACGCUGCAAAAAGUUCAUCUCAGGAUAAUGGUGAACAGCAGCAUGCCAUGAAGCAUGGUGUUGUACGAGAGGUAGUUCCAAGUUUACCUGUUGUUGCAGAGGAAACUGAUAAUGACAGCAAAACUUUGUCCACAAGCAACGGAGGAGGUAUGGCAGAUACUCCAGAGAGGAGUUUCAGCAGUGUACAUGAAUCCGAGGACUCUGACCUUGCAGAUGAAGGUUGGAAUGAUGAAGAUUCUGCCCCAGACUCUGGCUCUUCAAAUGCACCAUCUCAUGUUUCAGACAUGUAUGAUGAUGCUUCGCAAAAUAAGAGAAGGGAUUUAAUUCUGGUACACUUGCUUCGGUUAGCCUGUGCAUCAAAGGAUUCUCUUUCAGCUGCUUUGCCAGUAAUAUCAUCGGAGUUAUGCAACAUAGGGGUUCUUUCUGAAUGGGCUAAGCAAUUAAUUUCUGAAUCUCCUGCUGUUUUUGGGGAAACUUUUGAUCAUGUUUUUGGGCAACAAAUGAUAUCUUCAGAGUGCUCUCUAUUUUGGAGGGCUGACAAUUCAUCGUCUAGGCCAAACUCCCGUUAUUUGAAUGAUUUCGAAGAGCUCCGUUCACUUGGUCAGGGGGGCUUUGGCCGUGUGGCAUUGUGUAAAAACAAGCUCGAUGGACGCCAAUAUGCUGUAAAGAAGAUACGCCUCAAGGAUAGAAGUCCUCAAGUGAAUGAAAAGAUUCUGAGAGAAGUUGCCACACUUUCACGAUUGCAGCAUCAGCAUGUUGUUCGUUACUACCAGGCAUGGGUUGAAACUGAAUAUGGUCAACAUAAUGUUGUGAACACUGGGGGGUCACGCACUGCUGAGAGCUCUAUGUACAGUUUCGACGAGAUCAGCUUGUCAGAUUCAGGUGCUGGAAAUAAGCAGGAAUGCACAUACUUGUACAUCCAAAUGGAGUAUUGUCCUAGAACCCUGCGACAGGACUUUGAGACAUAUAGUUCAUCUUUCAAUGUCGACCAUGCAUGGCACCUAUUUCGACAAAUCGUGGAAGGCCUAGCACAUGUUCAUAGUCAAGGCAUCAUACACCGGGACUUGACACCUAGCAACAUAUUUUUUGAUGUGCGCAACGACAUCAAAAUUGGAGAUUUUGGUCUUGCCAAAUUUCUAAAGCUGGAGCAGCUGGAUCAUGACCAAUAUAUUCCUACUGAAGGAAUGGGUGUUUCAAUGGAUGGAACAGGUCAAGUAGGCACCUAUUUUUAUACUGCACCAGAGGUAGAACAGAAGUGGCCACAGAUAAACGAAAAGGUUGACAUGUACAGUGCGGGUGUUAUAUUCUUUGAGCUUUGGCAUCCAUUUUCAACAGCAAUGGAAAGACAUCUUGUUCUCACUGAUCUUAAACAGAAAGGCGAGUCUCCAGUAUCAUGGUCAACACAAUAUCCUGGUCAAUCAAAUCUAUUAAAACGCUUACUAUGUCCAAGCCCGUCCGAACGUCCAUCUGCGAUUGAGCUUUUGCAAAAUGACUUGCCUCCUCGGAUGGAGGACGAGUGGUUAAACGAUGUACUUAGAAUGAUACAGACACCUGAAGACACUUACGUUUAUGAUCGAGUUAUAUCUACAAUAUUUAAUGAAGAUCGACUGGUCGCCAAAAUGCAAUGUCAGCAUGAAAGCAGUAAAAAAACCACUUAUAAAAAUGAUAACAGUGAACUCUUGGAUUCCAUUAUUGAGGUUAGCAAAGAGGUUUUUAAGCGACAUUGUGCUAAAAGGUUCCAGAUAUCACCCUUGCAUACAUUGGAUGGAAAAUUUACUGAAAAUAGUGGAAAGACAGUGAAGAUCCUAACACAAGGAGGAGAGAUGCUAGAACUUUGCUAUGAGCUGCGAACACCAUUUGUUAUGAACGUUGCUGCUAACCAGUUAUCAUCAUGUAAGCGUUAUGAAAUAUCAUGGGUUCACAGAAGAGCAGUUGGCCAUUCAACUCCUUAUCGUUUUCUUCAGGGUGAUUUUGACAUCAUUGGAGGUUCUUCACCAAUAACACAUGCCGAAGUUAUCAAGGUAGCUUUGGACCUUGUGAGACGUUUUUACAAUUCUAAGGCAAUAGUUAUUCGGCUGAAUCAUAGCAAACUCGCUGAAGCAGUUUGUUCCUGGGCAGGAGUUCCUCAGGAACGAAGACAGAAUGUUGCUGAGUUUCUAUCUUCUACUCUUGUUCAAUAUUGCCCAAAUAAGGCGGAUCGUAAGUCACAGUGGAGUUUGAUUCGAGGGCAACUAUUACAGGAUCUUCGUCUUUCUGAAGAAGUUGUUGAGAAGCUGCAUAAAGCAGAUCAGCGGUUUUGUGGAUCUGCAGAUCUAGUACUUGCUAGAUUAAGAGGGACCCUUUUCUAUGAUAAAUCUGCUUGCAAGGCUCUUGAUGAUCUCUCCACUUUCCUCAAAUGUUUGAGGGUAUGGUCAGUUGAAGAACAUAUUGCUAUUGAUGUACUUAUGCCUCCUUCAGACUAUUACUACACGGAUCUGUUUUUUCAGAUCUACUCAAAAGAAGGUAGUCCUGCGUCGAGUUCCCAUGAAAAGCUGCUUGCUGUUGGCGGGCGAUAUGAUAUGUUGAUGGAAAAUGCUUGGGAUAAGACACAUAAAACCAAACCCCCGGGUGCUGUUGGUGUGAGCAUUGCACUUGAGAAAUUCCUUCCUAAUAAUCCUUCAUCUGACGUUGGGUUGCCAAGGAUUGAAAAUAGCAUCAGUGUACUUGUAUGUUCAAAGGGUGGCGGCGGACUCUUAAACGAGCGCAUGGAACUUGUUGCAGAACUUUGGGAAGCUAACAUAAAGGCCCAGUUUGUUCCUCAGGAAGACCCAAGUCUUCAAGAACAAUAUGAGUACGCCAGUGAUCAUGACAUCAAAUGCCUUGUGUUUAUCACUGAAGCAGGUCUUUCGCAAACAGAUCUUGUGAAGGUUAGACAUCUCGAUGCAAGAAAGGAGAAAGAUGUUGAAAAGGAAGAAAUUGUGAAGUUCCUGUCUGAAGCAAUAUCUUUACAGUUCAAAAAUCCUACAAUCUGGAGUUGAUUGGCAAUCUGCUCGUUAGUGAAUUUUGUUCAGGUUUGCUAUUCCAAAGGAUCAAUCGAUAUCAGACUUUUUAUCUACCUGUCCUGGAUAUAAUCUUUCCUAUGGUCAGGUGAAAGCAGUGUUGCCUUUCCAAACAUUUUGACCGACACCAAACGCAUUCAUGAUGCUACAGUACAAUAUUGCAAGGUGACUGGUGGCUUUGUGCAAUCUUGGUUGUCCCUGCAUGGGCCAAGAUUAUUCGGUGUGUCCCCAGUUCAAGAAAAGUGAUUUGAUUUGAUGGCCUGGUGUAAUCCUGAUUGUCCUAGAGCAGUAUCGCAGUCGAUGCAAGCUGACGGGUAGCUGUUGUACGGCAAUAUUGGCUGCCACCAUUCUGUGGAUAGCUAGAUGGGGAGAGUUGCUUCUGCGAUGUGACUAUGGAGCUGCAAUCCUGCACAACGUUCUUGUUGAUAGCGGAACGGCUGUGCAACAGGCUCACCUAGUUACGCCCUUUGCAAUUUUUUGGCUUCAAAUUCUUACAGAAGGCAGUCUUGUGCAUAGUUCAAAUUGUUUACAAUCAUGUACAGGCCAAUUUAACUUCUUUGAUGCUCAUAGGGAAUGCCCAGUUUGCCAGUGCAGUUUUGCUACA